GUAAGCUGGGAGAGCUCUCGGCAUCAACAACGUUUGAUCGGGAAAGUGUGCGUUGGUUUUUUAAUACAGAAUAAUGGGCAUGGCACCCCAGCUGUUUUCCUUUUCGUUUUACCACGGCAGCAAGUGUCCUCCGUAAAACCAAAAGUGAAAGUUUCCCAAUUGACUCGCCAAGUGGCUUCGUUAUCCAACAACCAGACUGUACUGUUAAUUGGAACAAAGCAGUAAUAUCUUAUACCAUUUUAUCUUUUAUCGUUAAGUUCACGGCUUUCAAACUGGAGAUGAAUGGAGCUCUCAGAUUCUUUGCCAUUGCUUUUUUGCUGGCACUUUGCUAUCACUGGCUUGGUGAUGAUGACUGGACAGACAUGGAAGAGGACAGUGAAGAAACUCAGGAAGACCUGAUAAACAAGUUCUCUCAAAGUUUCCAUCGCAAAACUGGUGAUCAGGUUGUGAAAGGAGAAAAUGGAAAGUUCAAAGCAGAUCUGGAAGAACUACACUCAAGGCAAAUAUUGAUCGAAGAAAUCCGACACUCUUGUUUACCCAGAUUGGUGUGUGAAUUAUUUGCCAUGGAAGAUAAAUCUUCCUUAACAGACUCAGAAUUGUCUUUGAUGUCAUUGAUCAGUCAAACCAGUCUUGGAACACGAGGAAGUUCUACAUCAAACUAUCAUUUUGCAGCCCAUAUGGGACAACUUCUUGUUGGGAUUGAUGGCAAUAGUUGUCAACAUUUUUACCCAACCUGCCCAAUUUCAGGCCACCAAGCGUUAGCGUUGGCUAGAAAGAUCAAAGUUCGCUAAAUUGUAUGGAGAUUGAUAAUGAACGUUAAGUACCUCAUGAACGAGAAAACGCACGAACUCGUAAAACAAAUAGCGAAACAUGUUUAUUAGAUGUGUGUAAUUUCACCUUUGUCCAUGCGCCAACUUCCGCGCACCUUUCCGUCCGUUUGAAUUCAUGACUGGCGUGUGAGUUUGUGUAACAAAUAUUUACUAGCAAACUCAUGUCUAGUCAGUUACCCUAAACUAUAGUUUGAUUGAAAAAUGAAAAGAAAUCCUUUAUUUUGGUUGUGGAAGUGGAGACAUGUUCUCUUUUGCUUACAUUGUAGAGUUUACUGCUGUGAAUAGGGAAACGAGUAUAAAAUU